CUACUCUCUGCCUUUGUUUCCUUUCAAAGAUUCCCGCCUCCACCGCACAUUAGCAUUCGGCCACCAAAACGCUAUGGGAAAGAAAGGAGCAUCAAAGAAAGGAAGUGAUGUCCCCGGAAUCAAGUACGGGAGGCCCGAUUUGGAUCGCAUCGGCCUCUUCAGCGAAGCCGCUUACAUAUCAACCGGAGAGCCCUUUGUGGAGCGCAAGCACGAUCGGCUGGCGGAUGCCUUUCUCACCUAUCGUUCCAAAGGGAAACAGUUCCUGACGAGUCCCCCAAAAGAUGGCCACGACAGCAAAGAGGUCUACUUUGAGAAGGAGUACUCGCGCAUCUUUGAGAACGAACCCUAUACAGACCUUGUGCAACUACGACGCCGUUGGAGACUGCAGGCAAAGGACAAAAAUAUCACCAAUACUCCGUUCAAGCCGUCAAGCGUGCCACCUAAGCCGUCCGGAUCUGGCUCGUGGUGGGGAACGAUCGAGCAGCAAUGGCCGCUCCCAACCUCAAAGCAGGAUGUUGUCUUGCGGCCCGAGGAGCCCAAGCAAAAGCCAGAGUCCAAGCCCAACUUCCUCACCAAGCCUCCAAAACGGGGAAGUGGAUACGGAUAUCCGAACGUGACCAUCGGCAAGUCUUUCGAAUACGUCAGUGAUCCGUACGAUAACAUUUUGGAGAUGUCAAAGAAAGACCGCGAGGUCCACAAAAAGAAGGUCAUCGGAGAGCGCCCAUUCAUCUCCAGCAGCGCAAGGCUGGACUAUUUCAACAGUUUUGCUGGGCUCAUUGGCUCAGAAAAAUCGGAGCAGACUGACGCAGCUGCAAGCAAAAAGGACGGAAAACGGGUCUCCGAGCCAUUCAAGCCAUCUUCGUGCUGUGGAUAUACCAUCAAUAGGUACCCAGCCUAUGACCCGCCCAGCGGACCACCCAAGGACAAAGUUCCCAGUAAAGCUGGCCCGCGAAAGCUCGAGCCCAUCUUUCGCCCAAGCGGCAUCUCCAAAAGUUACCCUACGACCUCGAUCAUCGUCGCCACUUGCCCUCUGGCGCCUCCGCCGUGGAUUCAAGACACUCUCAGGGCGGCAAUGUGUACUACAUAAACGAUGUGCUAUUACAUGGAACCCAAUAAAAAACGGGACACCCCGGGUUUGACCAUUGA